GGUCAGCUCUUGUGGAGUAUGGGUUAAUACUUGUGGUUUUUGUUUCCCUGCAGCUUGUCACGGACCGUACCUGACCGUGUACAGCGAGAAUGCAAUGAAUAUAUUUGAAGUGAGGACCGGCGAGUGGAUCCAGACUAUUCCCCUGAAGAAAGUUCGGCCCCUGAACUCAAAUGGAUCCCUGAAUCUCUCAGCAAGUGAGCCCUUCCGGCUAAUCUACCUACGCAUGAAGGAAGCAGGGACCGAUGAUUUCCUCAUCCCGGAGAAGACUGGGAAUAUCAGGCGGCAAAUGCACCGCACCAAGAGUAAAAGACGGUUUGCUUUCCGAAUCUCCGAGGAGGAACGAUUCCAGCAGUUAAGGGAGAUGCUGAAAGACCCCCAGAGAAGGUCCAACUUAAUCUCCAGUCCAACCAACUUCAACCACUUGGUGCACGUGGGCCCUUCGCAAGGCAUACAUAAUCUCCGGGAUCUGCCCUCGUCAAAAGAUUCACUCGAAGAGAGAAAUCAAAUGUCUUCUGUCCUUCCCACAUUCCGACACCGCAGCAAUACAGAGUCAGGGUUCCUGAGUGAUAAAAAGACUUCCAGGGAUCCAGCACCUGGUUCUUCCAGCAGCCGGCUGCCAAGGAAACAGAUUUCUUCGGACUCGGCCUCACUGGCGGAUUUUAAUCCAACUCGUCUCUGACGCCUGGUUUACUCUAGCUUCCCAGCGACCACCUUCCCUCGAGGUGUGGAAUUGAGACACCCCCCUCACUCCGAACAAUUUGCGCAGAGAUCUUCACAGUGUUCCCUGACAGAAACAUUGGUGUCGGUCAACAGGACAACGUCUCAGCAUCCUGAAUGUCAACUGAAUUAUUGUUUCUGGAACAUUCCACCCACCCUUGGCACAGACUCAAGGAUGAUUGCCUCUCCCUUUGGCAUUUAAAGGCUGGCUGGUACAGCCCUUGUGGACUGACUCUUCCCCACCACAAACCAUGAGAGUGCACUUGCGGGCAGGAAUAUGCCCGGCUCAUCUGGGCCAAAGGCUGUCUCGCCAGGGCCAUUUUUGUUUUGGGUGAGGGGGGUGAAUUGAUCUUAACCGCAGCAAGGAAUGGGUGGGUGGUCCGUGUCUGCGAUUCUCACAUAUGCCAGGACUGGAGACAGAAAAGGCAUAUCCUGCUCUCUCUCUCUCGGCCCUUGCUGCUUUUCUGAAAGUCCCAUGCUUCCUACAGGUCUGUCGGCCAUUAGGUUAAGUGCAGAGCUGCUGUGAAACCACACCUGCAUCCUUCAGUUAACUGGUUGUUGUAAUGGCCAGGCAUAUGUUCCACCCUCUGCCUAGGCAGAGGGGACAGACAAUUCCUACCUCUGUAAAAACAGCGAGGCAGGCAACUGGCCCCUUACCCCUCGGAGGGAAAAAUGAACUUGGGUGGGGGGAAUGUGACUGCCUGUAGACACCCAGACACCUCCCCCCACCAAAGUUACAGGGGGCGGAAAGACAUGGCAGGUAGUGGCCACAACAGGAUGCUGGCAUUCCCUGCGGUCCUUGGAAUGCCCGCAGUAGGUUUGCAGGAAUUUGGUCAUCCCUGUUCACACUGGGCAAGGUUGGGCUUGGCACCGAUCGCACCAAGUGCCUCCCAGUGCCACAGAGGAGGCUAAUGCUCUCUUAAAGCUGAUUUAUUUCCCCCAACCCAAAUCCUCCUGUUGAAAAUCACCGUACCACCUCCCAACCAAUUGCCGUGUACAUCUCGCUUAUUCGUGGACAUGGUAAAUGCUUCUAUGGCUGUUUAAUACAGGCAUCUGUAUAGCAGUGAA